AUGUCGGCGGCGGCGACGAUGACGUGGCACGAGGACCUGUCCACUCUCGUGGGGGACACGGGCGUUCGCCUCCCCGGCGCCGGGGGGCACGCGCCUCCGGCGGCGAAUGUUGCGGCGGUGGGGGCCGGGUGGUACGGGGAGGAGGAAGAGGGGAGGGCGGAGGAGGAGGGGUGGGCGCAGCAGGCGAAGGGGUUCGCGGAGUCGACGGCGGAGAUGCUGCGGGAGCUGGGCCGGGGGCUGUGGGACGUCGCCGCGCAGAGCCUCGCCGGCGCCGAGGACAGCGAGCUCGCGCGGCGGCUCCGGAAGCGGGCGUCGGCCACGGGGAAGCGCCUCAGCUUCAUGAACGAGUACCUCCCCGAGGAGCGCGACCCGGUGAGGUGUUGGCUCAUCGUCGCCGCAGUCGCAUUCGUCACGCUCCUAGUUUUAGGUGUUGGGAGUGGCAAUGAAACUCCAGUAGAGCUUCCAAAGAAACUUAUCAUUGGUCCCCCAAGUGCUGAUAGAAUCAAACUUCCUGAUGGACGGCAUCUGGCUUAUGAAGAACAAGGAGUCUCAGCUAACAGAGCAAGAUUUUCACUGAUUGCUCCUCAUUCUUUUCUUUCAUCAAGGCUGGCAGGAAUCCCUGGAAUAAGUGCAUCUCUUCUGGAAGAAUUUGGAGUACGACUUGUGACCUAUGAUCUUCCUGGUUUUGGUGAAAGCGAUCCACACCUAGGCCGGAAUCUCAAUUCUUCUGCACUGGACAUGCUCUAUCUGGCUAAUGCUCUGAAUAUUCCGGAAAAGUUCUGGGUUGUGGGCUAUUCUGGAGGUGGCAUGCAUGCCUGGAGUGCUCUUCGUUACAUUCCUGAUCGAAUUGCUGGUGCAGCAAUGUUCGCACCUAUGGUAAAUCCAUAUGACUCCAAGAUGACCAAAGACGAGAGGCGUAAAACAUGGGAUACCUGGUCAACAAAACGGAAACUGAUGCAUAUUUUAGCUCGGAGGUUUCCAUCACUGCUACCGUUCUUUUAUCGCCAAACCUUCCUUUCUGGAAAGCAAGGACAGCCAGAUAGUUGGUUGUCAUUGUCAUUGGGGAAGAAGGACAAAACUUUACUGGAAGGUCCUGUGUUCAAUGCAUUCUGGGAAAGGAAUGUUGCAGAGUCUGUGCGCCAGGGAGAUGCGAGGCCAUUUGUAGAGGAAGCUGUGCUGCAAGUAUCUGACUGGGGUUUCAGCUUGUCUGACAUCCAAAUGCAGAAGAAAGAGGCUCGAGGCUUUUUUGAACUCAUCAAGUCUCUGUUCAAUCAGGCUGAAAGAGAGUGGGUGGGAUUUCUGGGCCCAAUACAUAUAUGGCAGGGGAUGGACGACCGAGUGGUCUCGCCGUCAGUGGCUGAAUUUGUGCGGCGGGUGGUUCCAGGAGCCACGGUCCACAAGCUUCUUGCUGAAGGCCACUUCUCAUACUUCUGCUUCUGCGACGAGUGCCACAGGCAGAUAUUCUCCACCCUCUUCGGCAUUCCCCAGGGCCCUAUCAACCCUGCGCUACAACCUAGCGAGGUGGUUUCAGAGCUCACCGAAGAAACAACAGUACCAGACAAUGACACAGAUCAGGAACAAGGAAAAUCAGGCCUGCCCUGA